AUGAUUCAAUCAUUAUCACCAAUCCUCAACUCUGGACUCUUAAACGAUCACACUGGUGUUUUGGCCUUCAAUGCCAUGCAAACCUUCCUCAUUGCGGCACAAUUCAAGGGUGAAAGUGAAACCCCCACACCCUAUAGCAAAUUUGCUCAAGGACUGCCAAAAGAUGAAAAGAAACGGGUUUCUUCAAGAAAUGGAAUGUUGCUCAUUUACGUCCCUGCCAGUAUGGUCGGAUUGCUCUUUGUCCUGUCAUCCUCGGCCUACAGUACUCCAGCCGCUUUGAUGUGUUUCAUCCACUUUUUGAAGCGGGAUUUGGAAGUUUUGUUCUUGCACAAGUAUUCAGGAACCGUAGAACUGGGAGUUUCACAAUUCAUUGGAUUCUUUUACGCUUUCAUUACAUUCAUGAUCUGUUUGGUUUCUAGGAGUGAAGUCGAUCCACAAGUCCUUCAACUUGGUCAAGCUCUGUUCAGUAUUGGUAUCCUUGGUAACUUUUACCAUCACUACCUUUUGGCAUCUUUGCGCAAGAAUGGCUCUGCCGUCGAAACAAAGAAAUACCAUGCUCCCACAGGCGGGUUAUUUGAAUUUGUGGCUGCACCUCAUUACUUGUUUGAAGUGAUUGGAUGGUUGGGCAUUGCUUUUGUGUCCGGCGACAUGACCGCAUUUCUAAACUUUGGUACCAUGACGGCGUACCUAUCGGCAAGAUCCAAGAAUCAAAACGACUGGAAUCGUAAAAAGUUUGACGAGAAGGAGUGGCCGUCGUCGAGAAAGAACCUAGUGCCCUUUAUCUAUUAG